AUGGCUGGAGACCGCAACAGCGAGCUCACAGACCACGAGCGUCAUAAGGAAGGUGCAAAGGGUGCUCAGUCAACAGCACGCUUCGUGAAUGUAACAGAGUCAAUCGACGAGCGACUGAAGAAAUCGACGAUCGGCCUCGUCACCCUCGAAGACUUCCAGAAAACCAAGGAGGAAAUCGAGGAGGAGAAGCGCCGCGAGGCUGCCAAGACGGCUGCAGAUAAGAUUUCUGCAGCCAAGAAAUCCAAGAAGGACAAGAAGAAGAAGCGCGCGAUGCUCUCCUUUGCGGACGAGGAAGAGGCGGGGAAGGCGGUCGAGGAAGCCCCUUCGCCCAAGCGGAAGAAGCUCCUCAAGAACCCCGAAGUCGACACGUCUUUCCUCCCCGACCGCGAGCGCGAAGCACAGGAACGCACUGAGCGCGAGGAGCUUCGGCAAAAGUGGCUGGCCGAGCAGGAGCGCAUCAAGAACGAGGUCAUCGAGAUCACGUACUCGUACUGGGACGGAAGCGGGCACCGGAAGACUGUCGAGUGCAAAAAGGGCGACGACAUUGCGGCCUUCCUCACAAAGUGCCGCGCGCAGAUACCAGAGCUGCGCGGCAUGAGCGUCGACAACAUGAUGUACAUCAAGGAAGACCUAAUCAUCCCCCAUCACUAUACAUUCUACGACUUCAUCAUCAACAAGGCGCGCGGCAAGUCGGGACCCCUGUUCAGCUUUGACGUGCACGAUGACGUGCGACUCAUCUCGGAUGCAACGAGGGAGAAGGACGAGAGUCACGCAGGCAAAGUCGUCGAACGCUCGUGGUACAACCGCUUCAAGCAUAUCUUCCCGGCCAGCCGCUGGGAGGUAUACGACCCGGACAAAGACUACGGGUCGUACAAGAUCGCAUAG